ACAACGUAUGUUGCCCGCGGCCAGUACUCGCCGAGUUGACCACCGCGCCUAACGACCUUGCGGUACAAGGAAAAUUAGCUAAGAAAUACAAAAAACCGGCUUCCUAGAACUAUUUGUGUUUCGUUUUUGUUUAAUAUUAUGUUUUAAUAGUGCAACGUUUUGAUUUCUUGAAGACUUAUUUCUCUUGGACACAAAGAUGUUCAAAGCACUACCCAUUCUCCUGCUGGUGGCGGGAGCCUAUUCCCAAGGCAACGGGGACCUGGACUCCGUGUUAAACCAGAUCUUUGGACCCCCACCGGGCACCAACACCAACACGCAGACUCCCAAACCCCAAGCUUCUACCAUCGUGCCACCCAUCCAGAAUAACAGUGGAACGGAGGAUGAGGACCUGUCGUGCAAGCUGCCUGACGGGCAGGAGGGAGAGUGCGUCAGCUACUACCUCUGUAACGUGAACAACAACACCGUCAUCACGGACGGAGUCGGCGUCAUUGAUAUUCGUGUGCGCGACGGUCCUUGUGCGUCGUACAUUGACACGUGCUGCCUGGUGCCCGACAAGAGGCCCCCCGACCAGCCUGUGAAGCCCCAGCCCAAACCCGACCAGCCUCAGCGUGAAGGAUGUGGUUGGGCGAACCCUGAUGGAGCUGAUCUCCGAACAACUGGUGAGGCCAACGGGGAGACCAAGUUUGGAGAGUUCCCAUGGAUGGUGGCUAUUCUUAAUGUACCGACGGGCGGCGGUGAUAUAGGAGCAAUCGAACCAGUAAAUGAAAAUGAGCCUGAAGGUCAGAAACUCAACGUGUACGUCGGCGGUGGAUCCCUGAUCCACCCCAGCGUAGUGCUCACAGCCGCUCACUACGUCGCCAGUGCCAAAGCAUUGAGGAUCAGGGCUGGAGAGUGGGACACACAGAGCACUAAGGAGAUCUACCCGUUCCAAGACAGGGAUGUCGCUUCUACUGUUAUUCAUAAAGAUUUUAAUAAAGGAAACCUCUUCUAUGACAUCGCGGUACUAUUCCUGGCUCAGCCAGUGGACUUGGCUCCCAACGUAGGAGUAGCGUGCCUGCCGCCCCCCAAACAACGCCAGGACGAUGGUACACGGUGCUUCGCCACCGGGUGGGGGAAAGAUAAAUUCGGCAAGGAGGGACGCUACCAAGUCAUUCUGAAAAAGAUCGAGUUACCAGUAGUAAAACACGACAAAUGCCAGACAGCUCUGAGGAAGACUCGUCUAGGGAGGUUCUUCCAGCUCCACUCCUCAUUCAUGUGCGCGGGAGGAGAACCAGGCAAGGAUACCUGCAAGGGAGACGGCGGCUCUCCCCUGUCCUGCCCUAUUGAGUAUGAAAAAGACCGUUAUGUUCAAAGCGGUAUUGUAGCCUGGGGUAUCGGAUGCGGUGAAGAUGGAACUCCAGGCGUCUACGUAGAUGUCUCCGUCCUGCGAGACUGGAUCGAUGACAAGGUGGUCGGCAAAGGAUACGAUCCCAAAACAUACACUUACUAAAGCAUUCUUGACGUUUUAUAGACACAAAAUGGCGGAUUUUUACAAAGAAAAUGUGCCUUUUAAAAGCUUUCCUGGACUUCUCAAGACCAAAAUUUGCCAAAUCUAUUGAACCGUUCUCGAGUUUUAGUGAGACCAAUGAACAGCAAUUGAUUUUUAUAUAUAGAGAUAGAUCUGUCUGUCGUUUCAUUGAAUUUUUUAUCACCUUUUUUAACCUCACAUCAACAGCCUAUAAGUGGCCAUUGCUGACCAAAGGCCUCUUCUCAGACAGAGAAGGUUUGAGCAUUAAUCACCACGCUUGCUCAAUGCGGGUUGGUUUUUAACCUAAAAUACUAAAUAAAUAGAUUUAUUUUAUUUCUAUCUAAAUACUAUAAUUUUAUU